AUGGCCACCCAAGGUCCAUCGUUCAACAGCCGUGUACGCGAUUACCGGCGUAAUUUGUUCGGUGAUGGAGCUCCAUUGGUCAAACAGGGUUUCCUCGGUGUCCGAAAUCAGGACAUUACCGUCAGGGAACGACGAAGGUAUACCGAUAUCCUACGCGAGAAACAGGUCGGUGUGCUUCCAAAGUCAAGCGAGCAUGGCACGGCGCUUCAGAAGGCACCAUCGUUGAGCGCCAUCGAGCGAAUCAAAGGCCGAUAUCGAGAAAGUGGCUCCGAAGUGCGACGAGAAGAAACGCCGACGGAAGUGACCUACGCUCCGAUUUUCGUUUCACGCCUUCGUGACGUCUACUUGAAGAAGGCGUCGUUCGUCGUUUUCGAAUGUGCCGUCACCGGUAGUCCACCACCAAACGUCGAGUGGCAGUUCCAAGAAGCACCUGGACGACCGGGACGUCCUGAAUGUGAUCUCGUCUCGGAUACGGAGGCAAUGUUGUCAUGGGAAGCACCUGAAGGACCAACGUACCUGGAAGGGAUAACUUAUCGACUUGAGUAUCGAAAUGCUGAUGUGAACGAUUAUCUCGCCCCAUGGGUGGUGAUCAGCGAAAAUGUAGACGAUGAGGCAGCGGCAGUCCGCCACCUGAACCCCCUAGGAAUCUAUCAAUUCCGAGUAACCGCGAAAAAUGGAUUUGGAUACGGUCUACCUAGUUUGAUUAGUCGCCUUAUCCAGACGAAUGGAAGAGGAGCUCCUAAGCUGCCUCUCGAUGGUAUGAAAGAGGAAUGCCGAUUCAAUGUGCUCACGUUACCCCAAAAGAGGUCUGCAGCUCGGCAACUUGAAGAGAUUUCUGAAGAGAGCGAGGAGGAUCAUUCUCGAGUUGAGCCAUGUGCUCCAUUGGAGCUCUUGGCAGAGGAUCCUACGAAGAGGUUCCAGGUAGGCUAUGAGUAG